GCUGAGUCUGCCGACGGCGGGUACUAGCGCAUGCAGGCCUGCUGGCCGGCCGGCUUCAGAGAAACUCCUGCUUAUAAGUGACUUGGAGCCUGGAAGAUGCGCGCUUGCUGGCUGGUCUUUGCGUCGGUCUUCGGCGGCGCGGCGCUGGCGCUGGUCGGGCGCGCGGACUGUCCGCGGCGCUGUCAGUGCGAGGGGGACGGGGCGCUCCUGCGCGUGGACUGCGCGGACCUCGGUCUCGCGGAUCUCCCUGCAAACCUCAGCGUCUUCACUUCCUAUCUAGACCUCAGCAUGAACAGCCUCACGCUGCUCCGGGCAGGAGCCCUUGGUCACCUCCGUUUCCUGGAAGAGCUGCGACUUGCGGGGAAUGACCUGAACCACAUUCCUGCCGGAGCCUUCUCUGGCCUUGUCAGCCUCAAAGUGCUGAUGCUGCAGAACAACCAGCUCUGGCAGGUCCCCAGUGAGUCGCUGCGGCCCCUACGGAACCUGCAGUCCCUCCGCCUGGACGCCAACCGCAUCAUCAGUGUGCCGCCCAGCUCCUUUGACGGCCUGCUGUCCCUGCGGCACCUUUGGCUGGAUGACAACGCCCUGACGGAGGUGCCCGUCCCAGCCCUGGCGGGACUCUCCUCCCUGCAGGCCAUGACUCUCGCCCUCAACAGGGUCAGCCACAUCCCCGACGGCGCCUUUGCUAACCUCAGCAGCCUGGUGGUCCUACAUCUCCAUAACAACAGAAUCCACACCCUUGGGAAGAAGUGCUUCGAUGGCCUUCAGAAUCUGGAGACCUUGGACUUGAACUAUAACAGCUUGGUGGACUUCCCUGUUGCCGUCAAAGCCCUCACCAACCUGAAGGAGCUGGCAUUUCACAGCAACAACAUCCGGUCCAUUCCAGAGCAGGCCUUCGUUGGGAAUCCUUCACUGCUGACAAUUUACUUCUAUAACAACCCCAUCCAGUCCAUUGGCAAGUCGGCCUUCCAGCUCCUUCCAGAACUGCGCACAUUAUCUCUGAACGGGGCCACGGAAAUCACGGAGUUCCCGGACCUCACCGGUACCAUGAGUCUGGAGAGCCUAACCAUCACUGGAGCGCGGAUCUCCUCUCUCCCGAGCACCUUGUGUAACCAGUUACCCAAACUCAAAGUUCUGGAUCUUUCUUACAACUUGAUCCAGCACCUCCCCAGCUUCAGCGGCUGUGGAAACAUCCAGAAAAUAAACCUCCAUCACAACAAAAUCCAAGAAGUUCUUUCAGGAACUUUCCAGAGCCUUCCGGCACUGAAAUCUGUUGACCUGGCCUGGAACAGAGUCUGCACUGUGGAAUCCGGCGCCUUCUCCCACCUCCCGCUGCUGGCCAGGCUGGACCUGACCUCCAAUCAGCUGUCGUCCCUCCCUGCCGCCGGCCUCCAGAGCCUCACGCACCUCAAGCUGGUGGGAAAUGGCAGGAUGAAGGAGCUGCUGUCUGCAGAGGACUUCCCAGUGCUCAGGGUGAUGGAGAUGCCAUAUGCGUUUCAGUGCUGCGCUUUCGUGGCCUGCGAGAUGUCACCAGAGCCCUGGGCCACGGAGGAGAGCAGUGGCGUCAAGGAGAUACGCGGCAGGACAGGCGGGGAGCUCAUGCCCAGGCCAGAGGAUCAUGACCUUGAAGAUUUUCCCCUGGAGCUUGACGAGGACCCAAAGUUCCAUCAGUUGGUUCAGUGCAACCCAGCACCAGGACCUCUCCAGCCCUGUUCCCACCUCUUCGGGAGCUGGGUCAUACGUGCCGGCAUGUGGCUCAUCGCGCUGCUGUCGCUCACCUGCAACACCCUAGUGGCCUGCACGGUCUUCCUGUCCCCUGCCCUCGUAUCUCCAGCCAAGCGUCUUGUGGGCCUCUUGGCUGUCUCCGACUGUGUCGUCGGCCUCUCCGGAGGUGUGCAGGCCGUGGCCGAUGCCCUGACCCUCAGUGGCUUUGCAGCAUACGCUGCCUGGUGGGAGGGAGGCGUAGGAUGUAAGGUCACGGGCUUCCUGUCCGUCUUCGCCGGUGAAACCAGCGUCUUCCUGCUGACCACUGCCAUGGUGGAGUACAGGCUCUCUGUACGCUGCUCCAAGAGGUCAGGGGCUCGGCCGGCCCCCAGAAGCAUGAGGAUGAUUUCAGGCCUGUGUUUCGGCCUGGCUCUGGCCAUCACUGCCCCCUCCGUCCUCUACAUGGGCCAGCACACCAUCUCCUCUCUAUGCCUGCCUCUGCCCUUUGGAGAGGCUUCCAGCAUGGGCUUCAUGGUGGCUUUGGUGCUCCUCAACUCGCUCUGCUAUUUUGUCAUGACAGUAAUCUACACCAUGCUCUACUGCAGCUUGGCAAAGGAUGAGCUGGACAGCUUCUGGGACUGCUCCAUGAUAAGCCACCUGGCCAGGCUGCUCGUCACUAACUGCCUGCUCUACAUUCCCGUGGCCUUCCUCUCCUUCUCCUCUCUGCUCAGCCUCUCCUUCAUCAGCCCAGUAAUGGCGAAGUCUGUGCUGCUGAUCAUUGCCCCCCUUCCCGCCUGCCUGAACCCACUACUCUACGUGUCCUUCAACCCUCACUUCAAGGAGGACUUGGCUUUGCUCUGCAAGCAGGCACGGCUGCUGAGGGGGCACCACCAUGCCAGCUUGAUCUCCUUGAACUCUGAAGAUGCAGAGAAGCAAUCAUGUGACUCCAUGCAAGCUCUGAUGAUCAACACAUCUCUCCAGGAGGCCCGGGAGGAUGAGGAGCUCUACGGAAACCCUGUGCCCUUUGUCCCUUGCAGUUAGACAAGACCCUAUGUUGGGCUGCUUUGCUGGAUUAACAUCCUAUUGGUCCACAGUCCUGACUAGCAUUGUAGAGACCAGAAGACAACUGGUGCAGCACCUGAACCCAGACCAGGUAGGUGGCCAGCUGGUGGAAGACAGAGAUAAUUAAGCUUUUCCGUGAUUAAACUUCAUACCAUCAUGGCAGCGUCAGGCGAUGUUGGAUGUUCCUCUGAGGCGCCCCGAAGUCCAGAAGCCUGCUGAUUGUGCAAAGAUGGCGGUUAACCGUGACGAGCUUCUCCUCUUUUUGCUUGUGACACAGCCGUGUGGAACGUUUCAAAGGCAUUUUACAGACCCACAGAUCAACAGAUACCAGAAAUAAAACCGGAACUGAAGUCAGACGCCUUGCCUUUGGGACGUGACGAUAAGAUUCAUGCAGUGAUCGAUUGUGUUGGAACUGCACUGCCGGAUGUUGCUGGUUCUAUGUUCUCUGGUUGUUUUGGAAUCUGACACAUUUAGCCUGUUAAACAUGAGGUUGUGGACAUAUCCAGACUUCACUCAUCUAUGCAUUAUAUUGUACAAAUCAAUUUACUGUGAUUUGUGACUUUUUAUCGCAUAUAGCCUAUAAACAGAAAUGUAUAACAUUUCCUUCUGUUAGUGUUUAACUUUAUGUCAAUAU